AGAGGCAGACAAUCAAGGUGAGAGUUUAGGGCAGAUAAAAGGAGAGUCAGACACUCUGCUUGCAAAAGAUGGCUUUACCCACAAGUGCUGACUGUCUGCUGAAACGCUGAGCCUCAAGAUGCCGUCACCCUGUAGCUGCCGUUUCAAGGUUUUAAGAUGAUGUUGACCUGUCUGUGAAGAAGGAGGCGUGCAAAAACAAAAGUUUGUCAGCAGCGUUAAUGAGAGACUGGUGAAGUGCAGUUUAUGCUGCGUGAUGAUGGUGAUCCUACUGUACAGUCAGACAGAGAGGGUGCAGACUGCUCUGAUUGCAGGUCGGAGUGACUUUGUGUCUGCAGAUCUCAGGUCUGAUGUCACCAGCGACGACGUGAAUUCAGACAUUUAGCUGAGCUCGUGUUAUGGGUGGCUCUGCACGGCUCUGUGUGCUCCCCGCUGCGAGGGAAUCCAAACCAUCGGGCUUCUCUUGGGUUUCCGUGGGAAGGAGAUCUUCCUGUCUGCUUUGUCCAUACCAGGGAUCCGAUCCAGAUCUCAGACCCCCGGUGGCUGCGGGGGCGCGCAGAAAACUCGGUCAAAGGGUUUCUCAACCUCUCUCUCCCUCCCUCCCCUCUCUCUCACUGUAGUGUGUGUGUGUGUGUGUGUAUGUGUGUUUGAUUACCUGCGUGCACGCGCAAACUUCUGGGACUCGUGCGUCAGGGCUUGUGCACAUCUGUUUUUGGCAGGGUCGCAGAGUUGCGUGGGAGGGACUAUUUCAGUGUGUGUGUGUGUGUGUGUAUGUGUGUGUGUGUGUGUGUGUGAGCAGUCUGUAAUUCGCAGCAGAUGACCACUCGGGGGGAUGGAGGGUUUACUGGGGAGGUGAGCGUUUCCUCAGACAGCACCAGAGCGCGCUGCGCAGAUUAGGUCGCCGUGUGUGCGGAUGAUGCUGCGGGGUGAUGGAGCCGCGUGUGCCUGAUGUGUGCGGCGCUUUUCAGAGCAACAAGUGGAUUUUGGGCGAGUCGAUCUCCAGCAUGAGAGAGGAGAAGGGCGACUGCGCCUGAGCCACGCAAAGCGAAUGUGCCAACCAGCGCUGCCGGAAUGGAUAGCGGCAAUUUCCCGGCGGGGAUCUGCUUUUUCCUCCUGGCGCUCCAUGGAUUCACCUCCUCCUCCUCCCCCUCCUCGUCCUCUUCCUCUGCACAAGUGACAAGCUUUUGUCCUGACGGCUGUGACUGUCAGCAUCCGCAGCACCUCCUGUGCACCAACCGCGGGCUGCGCGCUGUGCCCAAACCCGCUGCGCGCGUCUCCGAGGAGGCGCUCGUCUUCAGCCUCGGGGGGAACUUCAUCGGAAACAUCUCUGCCUUCGACUUCACGCGGUACAGUAACCUGGUGAGGCUGAAUCUACAAUACAAUCAAAUCCAAACCAUUCAGCCUAAAGCGUUCGAGAAGCUCUCCAAGCUUGAGGAGCUGUACCUGGGGCAUAAUCUGUUAUCACACAUACCCGCCGGGACGCUUCAACCCCUGAAGAAGUUAACGAUCCUCUAUGGGAACAACAAUGAGAUGAAGAAAAUCACCCCGGAGCUGUUCGCCAAUCUGGAUCAUCUGGUGAAGCUGCGUCUGGACGGAAACUCGCUAGAAGUUCUGCAGGACUCCGUCUUUAAAAGCCUGACCAGCCUCCAUUAUCUCCACCUGGAGUACAACCAGCUGCAGCACAUCCACAGAAACGCGUUCUCCAAACUCACCAGCCUGCGCUUUCUGAACCUGGCGCACAACAAGCAGGCGGCCGUGCGCAGCGCCCUCACGUUCUCCCAGCUCAGAGCCCUCACAACCCUGCUGCUGUCCGAGAACCAGAUCCAGCACGUCGGGAACCACGUCUUCCAAAAUCUGAAAAAGCUUUCCACGCUGUCCCUCAGCAACAACAGGAUCUCUCGCCUGGACAGCGGGGCUCUGAGGGGGCUGUCGAGCCUCAGGGAGCUUCUGAUUGACGGCAACGAGCUGGAGGAAAUCCCCGCCGGUCUCCUCGACUCCCUGGAGCGCGUCGAGGAGCUGGACUUCAGUCGCAACCGGAUUUCACAAGUGGACCCUUCAGCUUUUUCGCAGCUCAAGCAUCUCAAGGUGCUGAAGCUGAAGAACAACAUGCUCACCAGCCUGUCAGGAGACAUUUUUGGACUCAACAACGCGCUUUACGACCUGGAUCUCCAUGGCAACAACUGGACGUGCGACUGUCGCCUGGAGGAGCUGAAGAGAUGGAUGACUGCUGCGCACUCUCAGGGCAAGUUGUUGACUGUUUUUGUGCAAUGUCAUCACCCAGCAACCCUGAGAGGGAAAUAUCUGGACUAUGUGAAUGCUUCCCAGCUGCAGCCCCUCGGGAACUUGACCCACUUGUGUAGGAGCCAAGCCGGGCCUGAGGAGAGCCGCGGAGGGGGGAUGUUGGUAAAGGUAAAGGGGGGAGAGACAGGAGGUGAGCACAGAGGUGAAGAGGGCCAGGUGGAGGAGACAGAGCUGUUAAAGGGAGACGGGGAUGGGGUGAUAAUGAGGAAAGAGGGAGAGAAAAUGAAAAGAGAGGGACAGGAGGAGGUGAGAAUCCAGGGAGACAGAGGAGGUGUAGAGGUGGCAGCACUGGAAAGAAAGAAACCGAAGAAAGAGUCUGUCAGCCCGAGGUCGCGACCCGCUGCAGACACAACCAGGAGACGUGCCAAAGGAAGACAGAGGUCAAAUGUCACUUCCAGAGCUGAUCCACCAUCCACUUCCUCACCAAGUCGCGCUGGAAUCCUGGAGAAAAACACCACAGAUCCAAACACCGGGCCCACCUACACCACCAGCACCAGCUCCACCUCUCCGGUCCAGUCCGGAGCAAGAUUUGAUCUGCUGAGGUCAGAUCAGGAGGAGGCUCUACCUGUGAUCACAGAUCCUUGUGUGUUCAACCGCCAUUUCAUCACUAAUGUGUCAGUGGAUCAUGUGACAUCAAGCACUGUCACCGUCUACUGGACCACCCGGGAUCAUCACAGCCACACACCAGGACCUGGCCCAGGCCUCGACGAAGUCCACUACCGGAUUCUGUUCGACCGGUUUGGCACCCAGGAUCGUUUCCCCCGCUACGUGUACACUCGUGGCACAGCUCGCUCCGUCACCCUCAGAGAGCUCAGCUCAGACGUGACCUACAUGGUUUGUGUGGAGGGAGUAGUCGGAGGAUCGGUGUGUCAGGUCGCACCGCGUGACCACUGCGCAGGGCUGGUCACCCUCCCUGAGGGGCUCAACCGAGGAGGUGUGCUGACCUCCAACCUCCAGCUGGUGACGGUGGCGACGCUGGCUGGGAACGCCGUGCUGCUGCUGGUCAUCGGCAGCGUCUGGCUGGGCCGGAGCCUGAAGAGGAGGUUGCAGAGGAGGAAGUCGGCGGUGCACGUGAGGCACAUGUACUCCACCAGGCGACCGUUUCGUCCAACCAUGACAACGGCUUCGGUGUCUGCUGACUUCACCAGCUACCAAAGCAGCCGUCCGGCGCGGCUCUCGCCCCUGGAGGAGGGCGACCUCAUCGAGUUCCCUUGUGAGCGCUUUCUGGACAGCAACAGUGUUCGCAGAGACAGUGACAUGCAGAGAUUCUCGGACUAGAGCCUUAAAAACUUGAAACUGUACAACAGGCUGUCCCUUCUCUUAAAGGAGGGGAGACGUGCAGAGAGAUAGUUGAUCGUUGAGUCUCAUUCUCAGACUCUUUGGGUCGGUAUUUGACUUGACAAUCAGCGAUCUUCCUCCAGAACCGUCUUCCCUACCUUUGAAAACGUGUGUGUGUGUGUGUGUGCGGCUGUGAGCAAACCAAGCACACAAUCCCACCACCACGUUGCGUUUCCUCUUUUCGUUUGACCACAAGAAAAACCUUUAACUGCGACGAAAGAACAGCUGAGCUCAUCAGUGCCUUCUCAGACACCAGAGGAAGUCCAAUCCCUCUGACUUCCUCUUCCUGCUUUGCGCCUUUUUCCUCUCUCAGUUCAUUUCCUUGCACCUGCGCUCGUGUUUUCUCAAUUUGUUUGCGAUUGUUCAAGUGCGUACGCAUGAAUGAUUGAUCACUGAUUUCAACUAUGGUGCUAAUAUUGAGUUCACAGACAUCAUAUUGUCUCAUAUUUGUACAGUGUGUAGUGAUGAUGGCUGCUGGCUGGCAGGAGGAGAAAAAAAAGACACUUGUUUUUGUAUCACAUUUAUCAAGUUUUAUACUUUUAUAUAUGAUUUUGUGUAACAUGAAGAAGUAAAAUCCCCAACAAUGUGAGUGAUUCGUCUUCUGGAUGAUCUAUUUUAUGGUUUUUAUAUAUAUAUAUAUUUCCCCACACGCCUCAGCUGAGCAGACGAGACGGGUCAGGAUGGGCAGCAGCAUUAUCAUGUUUCAGGAUACUUCAUAUUAAAAAGGGGUCGACGUGAUAUUUCUCUUGCACUCGUGGUAUGACGUGUGUUAAAGGGAGAUCUAAACAAUGUGUGAGGGUGAGGAGGACAAUAAAAAAAACAGUAUGUUAGAG